UUACCACAAGUUGAGGAAGGACGGAGCGCAGAAUUACAGGCACUUGAGGGCCAUUUAGAUUGGGUUUUGUCGAUGACCUUCUCGCCCAACGUCCGGCUCCUGGCGUCUGCUUCUCCUGAUAAGCCUGUAUGCCUCUGGGACGUGGGGACUGGCGCGCUGCAUCAGACUCUCGAGGGUGGUUCAUCUCUUAUUACCAACUUGGGCGCGCUUGAUGUUCAGUCCAUGAGUGAAAAUCAUGCUUCUAGAGUAACCCAUAUGACCCCGGGGAUCUUCAUUGGGCAAGUGCAGUGGAUAAAGCUGAACGGCAAACGAGUACUACGGCUUCCACCUGGCUCUCAGCCUAACUGUUCUGCGAUUAACAGCAAUUUACUAGCGCUAGGGCAUCUAUCAGAACGGGUUUCUUUUAUAGGAUUUCGUGUAUAG